CUUUUGGUGACUCAACCCGAGUAUGGCGGACCCUAGAAAAUACACAUAUGACUCCCCUCUGAAGGGCUAUGAGAAUUGUGAACCACUGCCCAAUGAAAAGGCCGCGGACGGCAAAUCCUACGUAAACCCCCCAACAGGUCGGCUCAGCGAUGCCUACAAGUCCUUUGUAUCUCCCAUAACGAAUGGCAUUCGGGGAGGGUUUGAUAUCCACAUCUACUUUCUUCAGACCGAUGAGGAAGAAACCAAGUUUGCCAAUGAGCUCUGGGAACGUAUACGUCGCGAGUUUCCUGAAUUGCGCAUCUACAGAGUAUGGGACCGGCCAAUUGGACCCCAUCCUCUUGCAAUGUUUGAGGUUAAUCUAUUUACCCCAGAGCAAUUCGGCGCAUUUAUACCUUGGCUAGUAAUAAACCGAGGUCCGCUUUCAGCCUUGGUCCAUCCAAACACAGGCGACGAAGAGAGAGACCAUACACAGCGUGCGACAUGGAUGGGACAACCGCUCCCUAUCUACUGGAACAAGUUGAAUCGCCCGUAGCAGCCAAAGCCUAGCUUUGUCAAUGCAAUAAAGACG